AUGAAAAUAUCCCUUUUUACCAUAUUUCUUCUUUCAGCUAGUGCGGCUAGCCAAUAUGUCGGUAGAGGUACAGGCUCCAAUCCUCCACUUUUAGUAUGGAAGUAUAGUAAACGUAAUCCCGACGUUCAAGGUGCCGAAUUUAAUAAACGUGACGCUGAUGCUCAAAAUGGAACCGGUAGUGGAAGCUUUGGUGUCGGGAAGCGUGAUGCUGAUGCUCAAAAUGGAACCGGUGGCGGAAGCUUUGGUGUCGGGAAGCGUGAUGCUGAUGCUCAAAAUGGAACCGGUGGUGGAAGCUUUGGUGUCGGGAAGCGUGAUGCUGAUGCUCAAAAUGGAACCGGUGGUGGAAGCUUUGGUGUCGGGAAGCGUGAUGCUAAUGGAGGCGGUGGUGGCAUCAUGCCUAGCAGGAAGCGUGAUGCUAAUGCACAAACUGGAGGCAAUGCUGGAAGCUUUCCUUUCGGGAAGCGUGACGCUAAUGCUCAAACUGGAGGCAAUAGUGGUAUCUUUCCUAGCAGGAAGCGUGAUGCUAAUGCUCAAACUGGAGGCAACAGUAGAAACUCUCCUAUCAGGAAGCGUGACACCAAUGCUCAAAAUGGAACCAAUUGUGGAAACUUUCCGCCAGGAAAGCGUGACGCUAAUGCUCAAUAUUGA